AUGUUAGAUAAUGCGACAAGGUUAUGGAUGUUGUGUAAAUGGAGAAAGAAGGGUGCAGAGGUUACCAAGAAGGCGGGGGGCUUGGUUGGAAACAUGUGGCACCACUCGGAGUUCCACAAGAGAGGGUUUGUCGUUGAACGCAUUAUCAUCACCGAAGGAGACGCCCCACCUGCCGCUUCUACCACCACCAAUGCUAUUGCUAACAUCCCCUCCCCACCGAACGCCGCCGCCGGAGAGGUAAACCUGGAGCAGCAGCAAGGCUUCAAAAGAGAUGCGGACCAGUACAUGCCAAUAGCCAAUAUCAUACGCAUCAUGCGAAGCAUUCUCCCCGCCCACGCCAAAAUCGCCGACGACGCCAAGGAGGUCAUCCAAGAGUGCAUCUCCGAGUUCAUCAGCUUCAUCACCAUAGAGGCGAACGGGCGGUGCCACCGCGAAUACCGAAAAACCAUCACGCCAGAGGACGUGCUGGCGGCAAUGGCCUCGUUGGGGUUCACUAACUAUUUGGAGCCACUCACCAUUUUCCUCAACCAGCAUCGUGCCCAGAAGGACUCUGAUCGAAGCUCUAUGAAUCCUCUGCCGCAGUUCGUCAGGCGCGGCGGUGGUAGUGGGUUCGUUCAGUGUCAGGAGCUGCAAGGUUCUCACAUGGUGCGGCCGCUGCCGCCAACACCACCACCACCGGCGGCUCCGACAACGGGGUAUUAUGUUCCCUUACCGCCUGUUGCUGCUACUACAAUGGAAGAAGAGGAAGAAUAUGGUGAGUUGACGACGACGAUAAAUGAUUAUAUCUUCGGCAACCAUGGUGGUGGAGAAGGCUCCUCCGGCUGCCGCGAGUUUGAUCCAUUUCAAUAG